GAGUGCUGCUCUUGUUAAUAUUUGAUAGCUUGUAGGAAUUAAUGUUGUUUUAGUCUAUACCUAGAGAUAUUCUAAAUGCUUAUUGACAGAAAUAAAGUGCAUUAAAACAGCACUCUUUUAGCGAUGAAGUCUAGAGAUAGUAGUGGGUCAUAGAGGGUCAUGUUUGAGAUAGGCAGUCAUGAAAUAUAUUAAUUCCUAGAAUAACCUGUUAAUGUUAGCUGAUCUGAGAUCAGACCUAUGAAUUAUAAUUAUAAAUUAUUUUUGCAGAAAAAGCAGAAACUUAAACAGCUUUCAUGGUAGGUUAUCCUAGGGCUAGGUCAUUGGAAUGGCAGUAGCCUCUUAUAAAUUGACUAAUGAUAGCCCAUGCAAUUGCCACUGACUUCAGUGCUGUCAUUCUCACACGCGCAGUCACCCGGCUGUCGAAGUCUGGUGACAGGAAUAUGGGCGAAUUGACUUGGAGAAUCUUUUUCCUCGGUUUCCUUAAUUUUAAAACAGAAAAAUAUGUCAUCGCUGAAAACAGAAAAUUGGGAAUCUCAUUUAGAGUUUUUCAGAUCUGUGUGCUGCUAUACGUGAUCGGGUGGGUCUUAGUGUAUAAGAAGGGGUACCAAUCGAGGGAAGAGACCGUCCAGAGCUCUGUCAUCACCAAGCUGAAAGGAGUGGUCAUGACCAACAGCACAGAAUCUGGACUUUACCUAUGGGGGGCUGAGGAUUAUGUCAUACCUCCAACGGGUGAACAAGUCUUCUUCAUUGUUACAAACUACCUCGAGACUCCAAAUCAGAGGCUUGGGUUCUGUGCUGAGAGCCCUAAGGUGCCAGAUGGCCAAUGUGUAAACAAUGAGGAUUGUGCCGAGGGUGAAGUGGUAAUAGCUGGCAAUGGGGUAAAGACUGGAUUGUGUUUAAACUCUACAGGGACCUGUGAGAUACAUGGCUGGUGUCCCGUUGAGACGGUCCGGAAACCCUCGGAGGCUUUAUUAAGCAAGGCAGAAAACUUCACAAUUUACAUCAAGAACUUUGUCAGGUUUCCGAAGUUUGAAUUCUCCAAGUCAAAUGUUCUGGACACCGGUAAUGACUCCUAUCUAAAGAGAUGUUCCUAUGACAACGUCCUCCAACCCUACUGCCCCAUCUUUCGUCUGGGAGACCUGGUCAGCAGGACUGGACACGACUUUCAGGACAUGGCUGUAGUGGGUGGGUCAGUUGGAAUUCUGAUUGAGUGGAACUGUGAUUUGGAUAAGGACUACUCACAGUGUAACCCAAAGUACAGCUUUACUCGUUUGGAUAUCAACUUAAACAGCACUGUCACGUCAGGCUACAACUUCAGAUAUGCCCGGUAUUACAAAGAUGAAGCUGGAGAGAGCUUCCGGACUUUAUAUAAAGUCUAUGGGAUUCGCUUUGAUAUCAUGGUGAAUGGACGGGCUGGAAAAUUCAACAUCAUUCCCACAGUAAUAGCUAUUGGGACUGGGUUCGCUAUUAUGGGCAUGGGAAAAUUUGCGUGCGAUAUGAUAUUCAUCUACAUGAUGAGCACGAGUUCCUACUUCCGAGACAGGAAAUUUGAGAUUCUCAAGAAAGAACGGAUUAAGAAGCACAAAGAGAGUGCGAAGACAGUGGUGAACCGAGACACAAGAAAACACAGGACACAUGCUGGGGAACAACAUGAGCUCACCACACUCUCUACGAAAAAAGAGGAGAAACCAGAGCCCACCACUCAGGACACAGAGAAACAGGACCUUAAAACUGGGGAGAAAAAGGAGGUUCAUAUUCUCUCUCCGCGAACUGUGGGGCAACGGUUGGCCGAUUGAGGUCAGAAGACUUGUUUUUCAAGGAAGACGUGAGACAAAGAAAGAGGUGCUGCUAUCGUCAAGACGGCUAGACUGGGUCCUCUAGCAGGUGGAAAGGGAAACGAGGGUGGGUGAGGUGGUGAUCCUGAUGCCCACCCUCCUUCUUCUCUACCAGCGGAGGUUGCUGAUGCUGACACUUGGCUUUGGUUUUCCAAUGUCUCAAGAGUGAUGUGUGUGCUGAUUGGAAAUGAUGGUGACUGAUAGGCUAGCAAAGAGAAAUGGCAAUGCUCUCCUCUCCUUACACUUUACUGGCGCAAUGACAAUGCAGAUGUUCUAUGUAGCGAGAUAUUUAUCAAAGAGAAAAAGCACUAUUGCAUUUCUGUGGUAUUAUAUUUGUUUAAGAUGGAAGCAUAAUGCAUCUGGUGUCAAUUAGGCCAUGCAAUCAUACCAUGGUAGAGGAGGUUAUGCUGGCUGUGGUGUUUCUUCACACCUAAAGAAACAGAUUGUAGUAUAAUUAAAUCCUUGUGAGUCAUAUUAUGGAAUUCCACAUAUUGUGAGAUUAGGCCUACAAUUGCUUUCUCACGUCAUUGGAAAAUACACUGGGUGUGAGGUUGUCUAUCAUAAAUACUUUGCAUUUAAUGUGAUUACUUGUAAUUUCCAUCAUGUAUUGACUGGGGACUUAUUUGUGAAGGAAUGUAACUGUUUUUCUGAGUGAUUUGUGAUGUUUUUUUUGUGCUUCCCAUGACUGUGUUUUUGUAUUAAAAAAAAAAUAUAUAUAUAUAUAUUAGUGCAUAUCUAUGUUGUACUAUACAGGGCGCAUUUGAAAAAGAGACCUAGAUCUCAAAAUGUCUUCCCUGUUAAAAUAAAGGUCAAAUAAAAUAUAAAUGUCCUGUGA